AGUAAAACAAGAGUCGCGAUAUAAAGAACAUAAAUAAGUUUAGCCGCCAAGACAAUGUAAAUUUUUUUAUGUUGCUGAAAUAAUAGUCAUUAUUUAACAGUCAAUAACAAUUUACAGUGAACAUGAAGCGAACAUAUUAUCCAAAUUAUUUUUCAAUCGAAGAUAUAUUUGUGACCCAGGAGAAAAUCCCAUGCACAGCAGAACAGAAGUUAUCUAAACUUGGUUUCCUAGAUCCAUCAAGCAGUGAUUCCAUUGAUCUUCAAGCUGGUCAAAAUGUUGAAUUACCUCUAUGGUACAUUCUUCAGGUUCAGACAGAUAAAAGUCGAAAUCAGUUUUACAAAGUUCACAUCCCAGAUAUUUACAAGUCUACUUAUGGUGAAAUUUGUCGUGCUGAUGCUACCGCUAUAGACUUAGGAAAGCUUAAUAAAUAUUUUUAUGAGUUUGGUCGUUAUGUGGCUGCAUUUGAUCGAAAUGGAUUUGUAGGAAAAAUGAUAUAUGAGACUUGUCGUUCACGCAUGAAAUAUUUAAAAGACUUAUGCAACAAUAUCAACAGUGAGACGCGAAAUGAUCAUAAAUUAGAUUAUAUUGAAUUGCAACUCUUCGAAGUUGGAUCAAAAACCAAUCGAAAUUUAUACGAAUGGCUUCAGAAGAAUACCAUAAACAUAAAAACGUCUGAGAUGGUGAUAAAUCAUAGGAAACGCAGAAGAGCCUUAAUGGAAGCAGAAAAUGCAGUUAGUGCCAGCCAACGUUCUCAAUCAUAAUUAAGUUUAAAAGAAAAAUCUUUCCAAGUGCGUUUUAGAUCAAUAAAUCUUCACCUUUCGUGCUCCCCAUUGAGUAAAAACAAGAAAUUUUUCCAUAAUUCUACAGUUUCAUAAGUAAAUUCCAGGCUUCAUAAAUUACUACAUUUCUGUCGACAUUGUGAGCUGAACGUAAUCAUAAUUUUUAAUUAGAAAAACAUCCAGGAUAAGCAAAGCUUUGGAUAAAAGAAAAAUCAUAAAACAUUUUAAUUAAAUUCACACGCCGUCAUGUACAUACAUGAGUUGAGGAAGUUUUUAAGAUUAUUUUAGAGCGUUUGAAUGUAUCAAAAUGGAAUGAAGUUUGAAGAAAUUAUGUUUUGUUUAAACAAAACUUUAAGAAUAAAAUCCUCAGAAUCUUCCACAACAUCACACAAUGUACAACGUGACAUUUAUAAUAAAUAUUUUCUACCCUCUCAUCAUCAAUUCCCUUUCUGGUAUUUUCAAAAUAAAUGUUCUUAUCACACAUUAAAAUAAUAAAUAAUCUUCGUUAAUUACGCGCGUGAUAAGAGUUCUUUCUUCCCCGUUGACGGCGACAGAGCGAGAGGAAUUUUAUGUCUCUUUUGUUGAUGCUACG